AUCAGGGGUGUUGCAACUUCCAGACUUCAAGUGAACAUGAAUCGACAAUUAUUGCUUCUCCUCGCCGCUGUGCUAAUGAGCAGUACGGUAAAUAGUGCCCCCAACGGCGACCAACCACUCGAAAAAAAAGCCCUUUGCAGAGCGGCCAAGCAAAUGAAGAAUAUGUUUGAAAAUUCGUGUUACAUAAAUCAGCUACACGAUAUAAUUGAAGAACUAAAAGAAAGGGUAGCAGCCAUUGAAGAAUACAAAUUUAUGCAAGAAGUUCUACCAGGAGAGCCUGCAGACGAGGUGGCGGACGACGUCACUCCACACGUCGAAGAUGAAAUCCCAGACCAGGAAACUUUACCGAAUACUAUAGACGAUUCUUCUUUAGAUGACACUCUGAAAAUGGAUUCCCACGACGAACCACAAGAACCACACAAAGAGAACGAACAAAAUGAUGCCCCUGGUAACGACGACGGAGGUGCAGCGAAUCCCGACGAGAGCCUCUUGAAAAACGACGAGCCAGGUCCAGUUAAAAACUUCGGCCCUGGACGUGAUGAUGCAGUCCAGGACGAAACAAUCUUUGCUGAUGCUGAUAAGCUAGUCAUUGAUUCAUCAUCAAAUGUUGCCAUUAGAAGAGAGUUACCUGACUUAAAUGCCAUCUCAGUUUGUCUCUGGAUUCGCACCGGUAAACAUAAAGAUGGUAAGCCAAUCUCAUACGCUGUAGGCAGAUCGGAAAAUGAGUUCGCAGUUAUGAAAACCGAAAACUUGCAGUUGUAUGUCAAUAACAAAAAGGGCAGUAAGAGCGAUGUGGCCAUAGACAACAGCAAGUGGAACCAUCUGUGUGUCACGUGGUCGUCAAAUAAAGGUCAAUGGGAUAUAUAUCAUAAUGGCGAAAUGGCAGCGACUGGAGACAAACUUGAAAAACAACACAAAAUAAAAGGUGGUGGAGUGAUUAUGCUUGGUCGAGAACUCAGGGGAGAGAUUGCCUACGUCAAUAUAUGGAGGCGUAUUGUAUCUGCUGAUGAGGUUGCAUCCAUUGCAUCUGAUUGUCUUGGACAAGCUGAGGGGGAUUUCUUCUCUUGGAGGUCUGGCGAUCUGGACAUCGAUGGAAGUGUACAGGUCCUGCCUGCUGACGUAUGCGAAAACAACGUUGAAUCUCAUGUUGAACCUGAAAUUAUUGGUCAAGAUGGUGGUUUUAUAAACUAUGUCACGAUUGGAUGCUGGAAAGAUACACGUGAUAGAGCAGUGCCGUCAUUGGAAGGAACUGACAGCAGGUUGGAUGGUUCUUCUCGGAAACGCGAUGACGCAGUUGCAAAGUGCGCUGAAGUAGCGGCAUCUAAAGGAUAUGCAGUCUUUACUGUACAGCAUGGUGGGGAGUGUUACAGCGGGCCAAACGCUGAGAGUACGUAUAACAAGCACGGACCAUCCGAUAGGUGUAAACACGAUGGCAAAGGCGGGGUAUGGGCCAAUCAGGUCUACGAAAUAGUUGAGAACCAAAUAGUCUGUGAAAAUGAUACCCUUAAUCUGCAUUGUAACAGCGGCAGUAUUCACGUGAUUCACGCCAGUUAUGGAAGAGCUGAUGAAACAACCUGCCCAGGACCUUUCCAGACAACGAGUUGCCAUGCCCAGAAUAGCGUACAACUAGUUCAACAGCAGUGUGAAGAGAAAUCAUCUUGUAGUAUACUUGCCAACGAUGCUUACUUUGGAGAUCCCUGUUCCGGGACAGCUAAAUACUUACAAGUGAGAUACCAUUGCCAGAGCGCUCAGAGUGAAUCAGGUAACAAACACGAACGCAGAAAGUCACGAGAUCAACCAGAUGGUUGCACGUGCGUUGCAUGGGCAGACCCGCACUAUGUACAAUUUGACGGUGGGAAGAUGGAUUUCAUGGGCAAAUGUGUGUAUACCUUGGUUAAGGACGUGUCAUCUUCCGUACCUGCCUUCCAGGUAGACGCUAAAAAUGCCUACAGAGACGGCAAUUUAGACGUGACCCUCCAAGAAUAUCUGAAUAUAUAUGUGUACGGUCUCAGUAUUCGAAUUCACAGAGAUAAAGGUGGUGAUGCCACGGGAGUGUGGAUUGAUGAAAAAGAAGUAACACUCCCAGCAAACCCAAUGACUGAUCUAUACAUUGAAAAAAGUGGCAAAUACACCCUACUGUCGGCCAGCGAUUUAGGGUUUUGGCUGACUUGGGAUGGCAACCACCGUGCCGAAAUCAAGACAGAUUCCCGCUAUGUGGGAAAGAUGGUCGGCAUCUGUGGAAACUGCGACUCCAAUUCGGAAAAUGACAUGGUGAUGCCGGAUGGAGGGCUGGCUACUUCCAGUAAUCAGUUCUGUGACAGUUGGCGAGUUGAUUGUGAUGGGGAGUCUGAAACUGAUGGUGACUUGGACACAAUAGAUCCACCUGAGUGCCCCCCAGAUCUUAAACUGAGAUUCCUCGAACACGAUAUGUGCGGUGCUUUCAUGGACCCUUACUCUAUCUUCUACGAGUGCGGGAGUAUGCUAGAUUCACAUGUGGUGGAUCUCUACACCCAAGCUUGCCUAUUUGAUAUGUGUCACAUUGGUGGCGUAGAACAGUUAUGUAACAAUUAUGGAUCUUUCUACGAUGAAUGCUUAGAGCAAGGUCACAUCAUUCAGACAUUUAGAACUCCAACAUUUUGUCCACUGCAGUGUCCACUGCACGGCCACUACUCAGAAUGUGUGUCGGCUUGUCCGAACACUUGUAUUCGUGAGACAUCUCUCGGCGACUGUCCAGACCCGUGCACGGAGGGUUGCGAGUGUGACGUUGGGUUUGUUCUCAGUGGAAGUGAAUGCGUAGAAAGAGCUGAUUGUGGAUGCCUCGACGAUAGUGGUCUUUAUCAUGAGAUCGGUCACAGCUGGGUCGAAGACGAUUGCCAAACCCUAGCAUUAUGUGUUGAAAACAACUUCAUUCACUAUGAAAGCCUAAAAUGCCACGACCGUGCUUUCUGUGGCGCUGUGAAUGGCGUAUAUGGGUGUCACUGUGAAGGAAAACUAACUGGUGACGGCGUUCAUGAAUGUGGAUAG